AUGGCCUCAGAAGCACAAAGUGAGGAUGCAGAACAUGCAGCUGAGCCUCCUGCAGCUCCUGUGCAGAGGGAGAGGACAUUCCAGUGGGGAGCCAUCCUUGCUGCAGUGAAAGACCAGCUCCCAUCCCUGGACUCUGACUCCUCCACAUCUGAUUGUGAGAGUGAUGAGGAGCUUUUCAUCUUCCAGCGGGACCUGCCAGACUUAAUUCCAGACCUGUCUGAAGAACUGAUGAUGUUUUCCCUGGAAGACUCCCAGGAGCAGGAGACACAAAGACUUCCAUGGGAGAUCUGGAACAGAGACCUGGAAAUUUCUGACUUUCAGGAAAAAACAGAUGGUGCCCAAAUCAUUGCAAAAAAAGAUGUACAAAUGAUUAAAGAUGAGGCUCCUGUACCUGCCAGCCAGACUGAAGAAAUGCCAAACCAAAAGAGAGCUGUUCUUGAAGAGCCUCCCUCAGAUACCACAGAUCACCUUGAAGAGAAAGAAAUGGGCAGGACACAGGCCAAGGAAAGAGGGAACUCCUGGCUUAAAACAGCAGUGUCUAUGGAUGAGCUGUACAGUAAAAAGGAGAGAAAAAAGCUGAUAGAGACAAAGAUACUCUCCAAGAUGAUUGUGAAGCCAUUCCCAAAGCAGGAUGUCAAGCCUCCCUCCCAUGGCAUCAACAACGGUCUAGGAGGACUUGCAAAGGAAGAAACCUCAGCUGAACAUCUUGGAGAAGUGACCCAUUUGUCAUUGCAGAAUAUUGAGAAAUGGGACAUUGACAGGAAUCUUGAGGAGCUGGAGCUGCAGGGAGAUAAAACUCGUGCAGAAGUUGCUUUCUUCUCAGCAGAUUAUGAGACCUUCAGGAGGAAGUCUGAAGAUAAGCUCAUGGAAAGGCUGGGAGAGCUGUGUGCCAGGCAGUCCAGGGCAGUGUCCCCUCCCUGUGGGAGGCCAUCAGCCAAGCUCUGCUCCUUCCAGGGACAGCAGGACAAUAAGGAUGUUGCCUUGCUGUCAUCCCCACCAAGUUCUCUGAGGAUGGGCAGGAUGAGUUUCCAGGGCCUGCCAAAACCUGCAACUGUGUACAUAGAUUUGAGAGAUGCUGAGCCACAAAAGUCAGUGACAGUCCCUGAAGAGGAACAAAGUGCAAGUGACAGCUCCUCCUCUGAAGAAGAAGAAGAAGAAGAGACUGUGACAAUUAAGGAUGAAGCAGAAAGGAGAAUGAGGAAUUGCUCAGGGAAGAGCCUGUUACUGCAACAACUCCGAGCAGCCCAUAAGGAAACCUUGGAGCUUCCUCCUAAAGUGUCUGUUCCAGCUGAGAAACUGCAUCCAGAAAGGCUGGAAGACAGAGGUUCCUCUCAUAGAAGUCAAAACCAAUCUUGGAAAGUGAGGCAAGAGACAAAUGAGGUGGUUCCCAGGAAACUGGUGAGAUUAGAACCAGGCAAGGAAAGUCCCCCCUUUUCAAUCUGUGGGGGCAACGGAGCUGACAUAGAGAAAGAGAACAAAAUGGAAGCUGAGAAGAUUCAAAAUGCAGGAAAUACUCCAGAAUGUCCUCUAAUUACAGCAGAAUUACCAAGGAGAGAAGGAAGUGAAAGAGAGCUAUCCCAAAAGGAAGAGGAGAUGAAGGAGAGGCAGAGGAGCUGCAGAUUGCAGGAGCAGCUGGAGCAGUGGCAGCCUCAGCGCUCAGUGUGUGGGAAGCAGCCCAUGGCAGAGAACACCCCACUCCUGUUCCACAUGGAAUCCUCUUUUUUGCCAGCUAUUGACACGGUGCCUGAAUUCCACAGUGGGAAAAAGGAGGUGCUGCUGAUGACCAUUUGGCUGGCAAGUUGUGGCCGAGUGGCCACGGAUCAGUGUGAAGGGCAGGUGCCUGACAAGGUGCUGGGAGCAGCCAACAUCUACCAGGCACUCGUGGCAUGGCUGCUGUCCCUGGUGCCUCCUGUGAGGAGGAAGGAUGGCCCCAAAGCUCCAUUUGAGGUGGUGGGGCUGCAGCAGGCCUGGAGAGAGGAAGGCUUGGCCCUCUACGCCUGCCUGGGAGCACCAGAGGAACCUUCAGUCCAGAGCUGCCCUGAGAGCCAUGAGCCAGGAACUGCAGAACGUCUCCAGGGAGCAUCCAGGUUUUACCAGAAGAUUUCUGCAUUUCUGACCUCUACGUGGCUUCCAGAUCUUAUUUGGUGGAGAGAUGAACUGGCAAGUCACUUCCAAAACCAGCUGUGCCCACUUCUUCCUGGCAUUCCCUCUGUCCUGCUCAGUAGCAUCACUUCUGUUAAUCCUGACCCUCAGGCAGUGGAGAAGGUGUUUGCAGUGCCAAAGGGAUUUUACUGGCAGACAGUUGAGAGUGAUGACAAACACUUCCCUGACAGCAGUGCCAUGGAGGCUUGCAGAAACACAGACACCGAGGUUGCCAUGGUGUUGCUGUUUGAGGCUCUCUUCCGAAGUCCCCUGGAGACCCAUCACACUCUGCAGCUGCUGCUGGGCUCUGGCCUGGAUGUCUGCGGCCUCCGCCUGCUCUACCCCGGGCAGGACCUGCUGCUCUCCAGCUCAGAAAAGCUGCCUUCCUCCUACACUUCAGAGCCUGACAAUGUGCCCCCAGUGCUGGCAUUAGGUGUGAGAGGGCCCAAAGCCCAUGGCACCCUGCAAGACAUCACCCAAGGCUCUCCAUGGGCCCAGAGCCAAAGCGAGCCUCUCGUGUUCCUGCCCCUGCCCAGCCGGGUGCACAGGGAGCUGUGCCUCUGGUUUGGAGGGAGAGCUGCUGGAGUCCUGCCCCUGGCUUCCAGGCCUGUAAUUCAUACUCUUAUUGCACGAUUUGGAAACCUGGAGCUGGAGGAGAGCUACAAGGCUGUGUGCCACUCUCAGAGUCCUUUACCAGCUGGGGCGAGAGCAGAUGAAAAAAAAAAUUACCUCCAGGGCUUGAUGCUGCCUCGACCUCCAGCCAUGCUUGUCUCAACUACCAAAGGGGACAUCAUUCUGCUGGUGUCACCUGUGGUACCUCCACGUACCUAUGGGGCUGUGCUUUCGACCUGUGCCCGCCGGGGCUUUGUGCUGCAAGGACUGCAGCAGCUUCAGCUCUCAGCACAGCAAGGCCUGGUGCUGGGCAUGACAGCAGGGCAGAUUGCUGUCUUUUGCCCUGGCAAGAGUUCAAGAUCACCUACUGGUCCUGCAGGAGGAGAAGUCCCUGCUGGACCCCGCAGGCACUGCCUGGUGCUGCUGCUGAGGAAGGAGAAUGCCAGACAUCACAUCCCUGCCUUGCUGACAGGGCUGAUGGAGAAGCUGGCAGAGCCAGGCCUGGGCAGCAGGCACAGCAUCCCCCCUGCAGCUGCUGGAGCAGACCCAGCCCUCUGCUUCCACGGAGCUCCGUACGCCGAGGCCGUGCUGCACAGCCUGGGAGGAAGCUUCAGCGCGGUGCCAGAGCCCCGUCACAUCCCUCUGGAUUUUCUGUGCCACCGAGCUUAUGCUGCUGAGCCCGGGGUGGAACAAGUGGUGAUGCUGACAGUAGUGGGGAUGCAGGCUCUGAAGAAUGCUGGAGAGCUCCUUCAGCACAUCCUGCUGCCUGGCCUCAGGGAUCAGCCUCAGAGUGCAGAGCCUGAUUCAGGAUUUGAGCUCCUAGGCCUGAAGUGGCUGCCCCAUCUCACUCGGUGUCAGGCCAGGGAAAUAACCCCUUUUGAGGCUGGAGACACUCACUGGCAGAGGAGCCUGGACACGCUGAUGUCCAGCCCCGUCCUGGUGUGCGCGCUCCGUGGCAUCGAUGCCUUCCCAGCCCUGGCAGCUGUCCUGGAGGGAUGGACACAGGGCAGGGACAGGCUCAGCACGGGUGACAGCCUCCCACAGGCACUAAUGGCCUUGACCCCAGAGGUGACCUUCAGACAAGCCAUCCUCUUCUUCACAGAGGCAGAUUUGGUAACUGACACAGAACACUUCCCUGCUGUGAAAUACCUGCCACCACCUGGCAGGAGCUCCAGAACUGAAGGGAAGACCACAGGUAAGUGCCGAGCAGAAUCCCUGUUUUCCUACCUGCAAGCAGGGGCACAGGUUCUGUGCACGGUGCUGCUCAUCAAACCCGGUGUCUGGAGCCGCAGGCUGCCCGGGAUCCUCCAGAAUCUACACCUGGAAAAAUUCAGCGUGGUCGCAAUGAAACAUCUGGACCUGGAAGCGGCCGCUGCCUCGGCGCUCCUGCCCCGGGAGGUGCAGCAGGAUCCAGCUGCUGUAGAAGCUCACUGUACCUACCUUACCUCAGGCACUUCCCUUGUGCUGUGCCUGCAGAGACCCAAUGCUGUGAAGAAGCUGAUGGAUCUCCUGGGACCAGAGAAUCCUCAACUGGCACAAGCCUUGGAUCCAUGCCUCUGGAGGGCUCAGUAUGGCACCAGCACAGUCCAGAAUGGAUUUUAUGGCUCUAGAUCCUAUCUAAUGGCUGUCCGGGAUGUGAAGCUGUUCUUCCCAGAAGGGCUGUGCUGUGCCCAAAGUCAGACAGUGCAGGAGCAAGAGAUCCAUAACCUGAAACAUGACCCCAUCCUCAGCCUGGGAAUCAGGAAGCAGCGCAAGAUCCUAACCCGUGACCCAGGAAGACAUCCCAGUGUCCUGGGCUCCAAGCAGCCAGGCAGUCCUGGUCAGGCAUUGCUGGAGCAGCCCUGCCAAACCACCUGCCUGGUGCUGCCUGGAAUAAUCCUGCAGGGUUCAGAGCCCCCCCCAUACGUGCAGCUGCUGGAGGAGCUCGUGGCCAGUGGCUCUGUGGUGACUGGAGCUCGCCUGGCUGUGCUGGACUCACCUCAGGCUCUCUGCAUCUCCCAGAUGCUCAGCAGGGCCAAGGGCAGUGUUGCAGCAAAGUGCUCCCUGUUGAAGGAUGGGUUAUGCCUGGUGCUGGCAGCACAGUGGGACAGCACUGUCACCUCCCUGGGCUCCCUGCUGGACAGUGCCUGCUGGCAGAACCAGUCAGUCCUGGACACUGCAGAGCACCUCCUUUAUCCCCAAAAUGAGCAUCAGGCCCAGGAGCUGCUCUGCUGCCUUUUUGACUCCCUGACAUCAGAGAGCAUCCACAGAAUUGAAUCCCAGGACUGCUAG